AAACUAUCUCAAUCCAACUAUCCAGGUAAACAAAGGCAGAAAAAUUGCCACUUCUCCGAUAUUCGUCACCUCGCAUUUCCUCGCUCGAUAUGGACGUCGCUUUACGCCAAGGGGGUGGCUGAUCGGUACGACCUCGCUGAGAGGCCCGCCUUUGUGCACCGCAACACCCAGGCAGUCGAUCCUCCAGAUGUCGACUCGUGUAAUCUUCCGGAUAAAUAUACGCGAGCUGCUAAUUUCCUGUUGCUAAACUGGGGGUUGCACAUAAUAUGCAGGGAGAAACGCCAUAGAUUCUAGGCACCAACAUUUUGUUGGCCUUUAAUACUCGACUUGUGACGGAUCUUGAGUAGCUUUUAGUUUCUUUGUAUGUUGCACGGUUUUUGAGAGUCAUGUUUAGUAAGGAUAAAGUACAGCACCCUGUGGCUAGCGUCGAGGCGGGUGUUGCUGCACAACAGGCGCAAGUCGUCGAGAAUGCGGUGACGGGGAAAGAUGGUGUGGCGGAAGCUGUUGAGGAGAAAGAACAUGGUGGUACCGAGACGAAGAAAGCCUCGAAAGGAGAUAUGGUUAACUACUUUCGCGUGCUCUCCUAUGGCACGAACUUGGAUUACUUCCUAAUGGCAAUGUGUUGCCUCACGGCAAUCGGCUCUGGCAUUACCAUGCCACUCAUGAACAUCGUCUUCGGCCAACUGGUCGGCAACUUCACAAACUACUUCAUCCCCGGAACAACAGUAACACGGAACGAGUUCCAAGCAGAGAUCAACCGCCUAGCCCUCCUAAUCGUCUACCUAUUCAUCGGCAAAUUCGUCCUGACAUACAUUGCCAUGCUCACAAUCCGCAUCAGCGGUCUCCGCAUCUCCGCCGCCCUCCGCCUAGCCUACCUGCGCGCCCUCUUCGCCCAGCCAAUCCCCCUAAUCGACACCAUCAGCCCGGGCAAAGUCUCCACCCGCAUAACAACAUCCUCCAACACCAUCCAGCUCGCCAUCUCGCAGCACCUAGCCAUGCUAUUCCAAUCCCUCGCCUUCACAAUCGGCCUGUAUGUCGUGGCGUUUACGAAGAGCUGGCUGCUUACGCUGGUUGCGUCGGCGGCGCUGCCAUUUAUUCUGGUCGUGUAUGGUAUGGUGCUGCCGCCGUUUAUUCGCAUUCAUAAGGUUACGGAGAGGCAUGUGGAGGAUGCGUCCGCGAUGGCGUUUGAGAUGUUUGCGUCUGUGAGGAUUGUUACGGCGUUUGGGGCGGAGGGGAAGUUGGCGAGGCUGCAUCGGGGGAUGUUGGGGAAGGCUAUGGAUAAUUCGAAGAGAGCUGCACCGUUGACUGGGCUCAUGAUUGCUCCUUCAAUGAUGGCUAUGUAUGGGACGUUUGGCCUCACUUUCUGGUAUGGGAUCAAGCAGUAUAGCGAGGGUCGGAUUGCCGAUGUUGGUGUGAUUACCGUCGUACUCUUCUCCGUCAUGAUGGCUGUGAUGAACAUCGGACGGCUCGUGGCUCCCAUCAUCGCCAUUGCGAAAGCAGGCGCAGCAGCCACUGAGCUAUUCACUACCAUCGACGCCCCAGUUCCAGACACAUCUGGUGUGAAAGAGCCAGACAUCAGCGCUGAUGCCGAUAUCGUAUUCGAGAACGUGUCGUUCUCGUAUCCCAGCCGUCCUAACGUUCAGAUCCUUGAUAAGCUCAAUCUGACACUUCGUGCUGGCAAAGUUACGGCGAUUGUAGGCCCUUCUGGGUCGGGCAAAAGCACCAUCGUCGGCCUGGUGCAGAGGUGGUAUGAGUUGCUGGGGACAACUGCGAUGGUGGAAAUCACAGACCAGAUAGGGGACCAGGUCCCUGUUGAUGUGCUUGCUAAAGAGGAAGAGAAACCUAGGAAGUUCAGGGCAUUUCGAAAAGCUGGUACGCCCAAAACUGGGGACAAAAAUCAUGAUAACACUGCAAAGCCCAGCCACCACAAGAAGCCCGCAAAGCCCCAAAACGCAAACCAGAAGAAAGAACCCGAGCCCGACCUAGGACCGAACACCUGCACAGGCAGCAUCCGCACAGGAACCACCAACCUACGCACCGUCGACCUGAAAUGGUGGCGCUCCCAAAUCGGGCUGGUACAACAAGAGCCCUUCCUCUUCAACGACACGCUCUACAACAACGUCGCCUACGGCCUCUGCGGAACACACUACGAGGACCUGCCCAGAACGCAGAAGCUCGCAAUGGUGGAGGAAGCGUGUCGCGAGGCGUACGCCGACGAGUUCAUAUGCAAACUGCCGCAAGGCUACGAUACGCUUGUGGGGGAGAGUGGAAUCAGGCUCUCUGGGGGCCAGCGGCAGCGGAUCGCUAUUGCGCGGAGUAUUAUCAAGAGGCCGCCGAUUCUCAUCCUGGAUGAGGCUACGAGUGCGAUUGAUGUUCGGACGGAGAGGGUUGUGCAGAAGGCGCUUGAUCGCGUGGCGAGGGGGAGGACUACGAUUGUUAUUGCGCAUCGAUUGUCGACUGUUAGGAGGGCGGAUGCGAUUGUUGUGUUGAGGCAGGGUGAGUGCGUGGAGCAGGGUACGCAUGAGGAGCUGUUGCAGAUAGAAGCAGGCGUAUAUAGAAGCCUAGUCCAAGCCCAAGAACUCACAACAGAAGCCCAAGAAGACGACGAGUGCGAAGAACCAACCACAGAAAGAGCUCAAUCCACCACCUCGAAGGCGCAAGAAUCCUCGCCACAGAACCACACCUCCUCGGACGACAACGACACAACAUACAAAGAAAAAGGCUUACUCCGCAGCGUCGGCCGCCUCGUCGCCGAACAGCGCCACCACUGGUUUCUCUACACACUCGCGACCCUAGGAAUCCUCGGCGCAGGAGCAGUCUACCCCCUCCAAGCCUACAUCUUCGCCAACGUAAUCCAAGUAUUCGUAUACACCGGUCCCCGCCUCGUCCGUGAAGGGAACUUCUGGGCGGCCAUGUUCGGCGUCGAAACCGCCGGCGUCGGGCUAUCAUACUACAUCCUAGGGACAGCCACACACCUGAUCUCCACGCACCUAGUACGACACUACCGACAAGAAUACCUCGUAAACAUGAUCCGCAAACGCAUCCCCUUCUUCGACGACCCGGCGCACAGCCCCGGUUCCCUCACUGCCAGACUGAGCUCAGACCCCACGCAGAUCCAGCAGCUGAUGUCGACGGAGAUGUCCCUGGCACUCAUCGCCAUCGUGAACCUGGUCGGUUCGCUGAUCCUAUCUUUCGUCUACGGAUGGAAGUUAUCCCUCGUCGGGCUCUUCUCCGUGCUGCCCGUCAUCCUGACCGCGGGCUACUACCGCAUGCGGCUUGAGAUAGGCUUCGAGGCCAUGAACGCCAAGGUGUUCGAGAACAGCAGUCAGUUCGCCACCGAGGCUGUUGGUGCGUUCCGCACCGUGCUCAGUCUGAUUAUGGAGGACACGAUUGGGGCGCGGUACGAGGCGCUGCUUGCUCAGCAUGUUAGGCAGGCGUUUGGGAGUGCGAAGUAUAGCACGCUUGUGUUUGCGGCGAGUGAUAGUGUGGAGUUGGCGUGUAUGGCGCUGACGUUUUGGUAUGGGGGGACGUUGCUUGCGGCGCGCGAGUAUGGGCUUGUGGACUUUUUCGUUGUUUAUAUGGCGGUUGUGCAGGGCGCUGUGGCGGCGGGGACGUGGUUUUCUUUUGCGCCUAAUAUGGCCCAAGCAACCGGAGCAGCAAACCGCAUCCUCAGCAUGCGCCCCCCAAGCAUCCCUUCCCCUCCCCCCACAAACAACCCCCUCAUCCCCAAUUCCUCCCCCCUCGGCCCCAGCAUAUCCAUUCACAACCUAUCCUUCACCUACGCCUCGCGCCCCACCCCCGUGCUCUCAAACCUCACCCUCUCCAUCCCCGCCGGCCACUUCGCCGCACUAGUAGGCUCCUCCGGCUGCGGAAAAUCCACCCUAAUCUCGCUGCUAGAGCGCUUCUACGAGCCCACAUCCGGCACCAUCCUGCUCGACAACACGCCCAUAAACACUCACUCGCCAUCCGCACACCGUGCGCAAAUCAGCCUCGUGAGUCAAGAGUCCGCGUUGUAUGAUGGGAGUAUUGCGGCGAAUGUGGCGCUUUCCGUCGACGAAGGAGACGAAGGCGACGGCGACGGCGACGGCGACGGCGGCGGCGGUGGCGGUGGCGGUGAUGAUGACAAACGUAGACUAGAUAUCGAAGCCGCAUGUCGCGACGCACAAAUCCACGAUUUCAUCGCAUCGCUGCCCGAGGGGUACAACACGCGGCUCGGGCCCAAGGGACUUAGUCUGUCGGGCGGGCAGAGACAGCGGGUUGCGCUUGCGAGGGCGUUGUUGAGGCGGCCGCGGCUUUUGCUGCUGGAUGAGGCGACGAGCUCGUUGGAUUCUGAGAGUGAGAAGUUGGUUCAGGGGGCUAUUGAGAGGGUUGCUGGGGUGGGGAGGACAUGUACAGUCCUUGCCGUAGCGCACCGUCUCGCGACGAUCCAGCAGGCGGAUGUCAUUUUCGUGCUGGGGAGUGGACGGGUGCUGGAGCAGGGGGAUCAUCAGUCGCUGUUGAGGAGGCGGGGUGUGUACUGGCAGAUGUGUCAGGCGCAGGCUUUGGAUCGGUGA